AUGUCAACUGUGAGGGCUGUCAUUGCUUUAGUAGCUGCAUCAGAUUGGUUUAUAUUUCAGAUGGAUGUUCAUAAUGCCUUUCUUCAAGGUGAUUUGCUGGAAGAAGUCUACAUGAAAGUUCCUGGUGAUAUGGGUUUUGUGCAGAACCACUUUGACUACUCCUUGUUUACAAAAAUGGUUGAAGAGUUGCUGAUUAUAUUAGUGUAUGUUGAUGAUCUAUUGGUAACUGGAAGAAAUUUACCUCUUAUUAAGCAAGUCAAGAAAGAUUUGGAAGAGAGUUUCAAGAUAACGGACCUAGGAGAGCUUAACAGGGGAAAACCAGCAGCUACGACUUUAGAAUUUAAUCACAAACUCACCUCUAUUGAGUUUGACCAGCUGAUACAUGGUGGAAAGAGUGUUACUGAUGAUGUAGAACUUGAUGACAAAGGAAAGUUUCAGAGGCUAGUUGGAAGGUUAUUAUACUUGACCACUACAAGGCCUGACAUAGCCUUUGUGGUACAAGUACUCAGUCAAUAUAUACAUGCACCAAAAGUGUCCCAUAUGGAAUUUGCCUUGAGAGUAAUUAGGUACACCAAAAUAGCACCAGGACUUGCUUUGUUUAUGCCAGCAGAAAAGUGCCAUCAGUUAGUUGCCUAUUGUGACUUAGACCAGGGAUCUUGUGUAGAGACUAGAAAGUCUGUCACAGGAUAUAUGGUGAAGUUUGGAGAAGCCUUAAUCUCUUGGAAGUCCAAAAAACAAGGAACAUUAUCCAGAAGCUCUACUGAAGCAGAAUUUCGAAGCAUGGCUGCCACUGUAGCUGAGGUUAUAUGGAUAACUAGACUGUUUAAAGAACUAAGGGUUGAAGUUUCACUACCUACUCUAUAA